AUGGUGAAGGAAAAUAUCAUUCAAUUUUGGAUGGCUAAUGGACUUGUUACAUCAAGAGGAAACUUACAGAUGGAGCAUGUUGGUAAUGAGGUAUGGAAUGAAUUAAACCAAAGGUCAUUCUUUCAAGAAGUCAAAUCAGAUUUUGUAGGUAACAUUACAUUCAAAAUGCAUGAUUUAGUCCAUGAUUUAGCUCAUUCCAUUAUUGGAGAAGAAUGUGUGGCUUCUAAGGUUUCAAGCUUGGCUGAUUUGUCAAUUAGAGUUCACCAUAUAAGUUGCUUAGAUAGUAAAGAAAAGUUCGACUGCAACAUGAUUCCCUUUAAAAAAAUUGAAUCGUUGCGAACCUUUCUUGAGUUUAAUGAACCCUUCAAAAAUUCCUAUGUGUUGCCAUCUGUCACUCCACUCCGAGCUUUACGUAUAAGUUUUUGUCAUCUCUCUGCAUUAAAGAAUUUAAUGCAUUUGCGGUACUUGGAACUUUACAUGAGUGAUAUAAGAACCUUGCCCGCGUCUGUUUGUAGACUGCAGAAAUUGCAAACACUUAAACUUGAAGGUUGUGAUAUUCUUUCUAGUUUUCCGAAACAAUUGACACAAUUGCAUGACCUUAGACAUCUUGUUAUUAUUGCUUGCCGGAGAUUGACAUCUACUCCUUUCAGAAUUGGGGAGUUAACUUGUCUGAAAACAUUGACCACUUUCAUUGUUGGUUCAAAAACUGGGUUUGGUUUAGUAGAGCUACACAACUUACAAUUAGGAGGCAAGCUACACAUCAAAGGCCUUCAGAAAGUGUCGAAUGAAGAGGAUGCAAAACAAGCUAAUUUGAUUGGCAAGAAGGACUUAAAUCGCUUAUAUUUGUCUUGGGGUGAUUAUCCUAAUUCACAAGUUGGUGGUCUUGAUGCUGAGCGAGUACUAGAAGCUCUUGAACCUCAUUCAGGUCUUAAGAGUUUUGGGGUGCAGUGUUAUAUGGGAACACAAUUUCCUCCUUGGAUGAGAAAUACUUCUAUUCUAAAUGGUUUAGUUCAUAUUAUUCUCUAUGACUGUAAAAACUGCAGGCAACUUCCUCCAUUUGGUAAAUUACCAUAUUUAACUAAUCUUUAUGUAUCUGGAAUGAGAGAUAUAAAGUACAUUGAUGAUGACUUCUAUGAACCUGCGACUGAGAAGGCUUUUACGUCAUUAAAAAAGUUGUCCCUUCCAUCUGUUGAGUCACUUUUUGUUAGUGGAGGAAGUGAAGAAUUAUUGAAGUCCUUUUGUUACAACAAUUGCAGUGAAGAUGUAGCUUCCUCUUCACAAGGAAUUUCUGGUAACAAUCUUAAGUCACUUUCUAUAUCAAAAUGUGCCAAACUCAAAGAAUUACCUGUUGAACUCAGUAGACUUGGUGCUUUAGAAUCUCUUACAAUUGAAGCUUGUGUUAAAAUGGAGUCAUUAUCUGAACACUUGUUGCAAGGUUUGAGUUCUCUUCGAACUUUGACUCUUUUUUGGUGCCCUAGAUUUAAAUCCCUGUCUGAGGGUAUGAGACACCUAACUUGUCUUGAGACACUUCAUAUCAGUUACUGUCCACAGUUUGUUUUUCCACAUAACAUGAACAGUCUAACUUCCCUUCGCCGACUGCUACUCUGGGAUUGUAAUGAGAACAUACUAGAUGGCAUAGAAGGCAUCCCCUCACUGCGCAGUUUGUCUCUGUUCGGUUUUCCUUCACUGACAUCCUUGCCAGACUGUUUGGGUGCCAUGACUUCUCUUCAAGUAUUAGACAUCUAUAACUUUCCAAAGUUAAAAUCAGUACCAGAAAGGAAAAGGUGA